AUGCCUUUUAAUUGUCGAGUGUGUGGCAAUAGUGACUUUAGUGAAAUCGAUGGACUUUAUUAUUGCACAGAAUGCCAAACCCAGAGUGAGGACUUAAUACUGCAGGAGGCUUCACAGAAUGACUUCACUCUUCUUGGUGGUAAUGAGAUUAAACUUAGCCAAGCACGAAUUGAGUCAUCCAGAAAAAAAACAAAGCCAAGUUUUGGAAGACCAUGGACAAUAUACGAAGCAUAUCAGAUAAUUAUACUGGCUCAGGCUGACAGUUUAAUUGCCUUAGGAGCCAGAGAUGAUCUGAAGGAUGUUGUGUUUACAAUAUGGGCUAAUUACCUGGCCAAGCUUGGUGUUGCAUUUUGCAAACAUGAGAAACUAGUUCCUGACAUUGUUGCUAAAACAAAAUAUGGAAGAUUCAGAGAACUUAACAGGGGGACUCUCAAUAAUCCACUCAAUAGAACUAAAAGACCUUUAAAAGAAAAGAGAGUUUCAAAGGUAUUUUUCCUGAGGUACAGUCUCUCAGACAGGGAGAUAUUACUCCAGGCUGUUAGACAGGGAGACAUGUUUCUAUAUUUCCAGUCUCCUAUACAGGGAGACACAUUCCUAGCAAUAAGGUCACCAGAGUGGAUGAACAUGAGUAAAACAUUAGCUGUAUGCUACAUUGGGUUGAUGUUUACCAACCCAAACUUUCUGCCUUGUGAUAUUGUCAGGUUUGUCUACGAAAGUAAGGUUCCAUUUCUUUCUGUGACCCACCUGCUACCAGAAGACAUGGUGCUUUCUGGCCAUGACAACAAACUUUUUGAAUCUAUACGAUUGGACUCAAAUGCUCUCAUCAUAGAGACCAAUCGAUUAUUGGCCUACCUGCAGCUUGACAAAAUGCCAAGACCUGACCUUACUGUCCUUGUUCCUCGAUUUGUGCGGGAAUUAUGUUUGCCAGGUGAAAUUGCAACCUACUGUUUACACUUAAUGAAGAUGGUUCCCUUUUUGUGGAAAAACACUACAAAGACUGGCUACAACAAACAGGAGGUGGUUGCCAUGACUUACAUAAUACUUGCCUUGAAGCUGGCCCUGGGUCUGGAUGACACGUCCGAGCUGAGGCUGUCCAGGUACUCACGUAAGCUUCAGAAGUUACUGACGCCAGGUAAGCACAGUAGAUGUACAGUCUGA